AGCAGGCAGGCCGGGCUGGGCUGCGGGAGACGCCUCCUAGCUCCCAGCCCGGGACCUUCUGAACAGCAGCAGCCACAACAACAGGCUCGCCCUCAGACAAAGGGGCCGGCGCGGCGGUGCAGCCUCGUGCAGCCCCGUGCAGCCCGGGCCGCGGGCGCCGAGGAGCGCGCGCUCGGAGCGCAGGGCCUGGGCCGCCGAGCGGGCAGCGCAGACCCCGGUGCGGGCCGGAGCCGCGGCGCCCGGAAGACCCGGCUCCGGGGCGCAGACCCCGCCCGGGCUGGCUCGGCGCCGGCCUCCGAGCUUCCACUCAGUCUUUGACCCCCCGGUCCUCACCCGGCCCCCCCGCAGGCCGCACAACUGUAACCGCAGCCCGGGCCUCCGCCGCUCCUUCUCCGGCCGGCCGGCGGCGAGCGCAGCGCAGCGCGGCGGGGCGGGCGGCAUGGCUGUGUCCUGGAGGAGCUGGCUGGCCAACGAAGGGGUUAAACACCUCUGCCUGCUUAUCUGGCUCUCCCUGAAUGUCCUGUUUUUCUGGAAAACCUUCCUGCUGUAUAACCAAGGGCCAGAGUAUCACUACCUCCACCAGAUGCUGGGGCUAGGAUUGUGUCUAAGCAGAGCCUCUGCGUCUGUUCUGAACCUCAACUGCAGCCUUAUCCUUUUACCCAUGUGCCGGACACUCCUGGCUUACCUUCGAGGAUCCCAGAAGGUUCCAAGCAGGAGAACCAGAAGACUGUUGGAUAAAAGCAGAACAUUCCAUAUAACCUGUGGUGUUACUAUCUGUAUUUUCUCAGGUGUGCACGUGGCUGCCCAUCUGGUAAAUGCCCUCAACUUCUCAGUGAACUACAAUGACGAGUUCGUUGAACUGAAUGCAGCAAGAUACCGGAAUGAGGAUCCUAGGAAACUUCUCUUCACAACUGUUCCUGGUCUGACAGGGGUCUGCAUGGUAUUGGUGUUAUUCCUGAUGAUUACAGCUUCCACAUAUGCAAUCCGAGUUUCUAACUAUGACAUCUUCUGGUACACUCACAAUCUCUUCUUUGUCUUCUACAUGCUGCUGAUGUUGCAUGUUUCAGGAGGGUUGCUGAAGUAUCAAACUAAUUUAGAUACCCACCCUCCUGGCUGCGUUUAUCUUAAUGGAUCCCGCUACCGGCAUAUUCAUUUAUCAGAGUAUCUCUCAGAACAGUUUCGUGAAUCUUUUCCUGGAGGAUUUUCAAAACCAGAUGAGCUUACCCGGAACACAUUUGUGAAGAUUUGUAUGGAAGAGCCCAGAUUCCAAGCUAAUUUUCCACAGACUUGGCUUUGGAUUUCUGGACCUUUGUGCCUGUAUUGUGCCGAAAGACUUUAUAGGUGCAUCCGGAGCAAUAAGCCAGUCACCAUUAUCUCGGUCAUAAGUCAUCCCUCAGAUGUUAUGGAAAUCCGAAUGGUCAAAGAAAACUUUAAAGCAAGACCUGGCCAGUAUAUUAUUCUACAUUGUCCCAGUGUGUCAGCAUUAGAAAACCAUCCAUUUACCCUCACAAUGUGUCCUACUGAAACCAAAGCAACAUUUGGGGUCCACCUUAAAAUAGUAGGAGACUGGACAGAACGAUUUCGAGAUUUACUACUUCCUCCUUCUAGUCAAGACUCCGAGAUUCUGCCCUUCAUUCAAUCUAGAAAUUAUCCCAAGCUAUACAUUGAUGGUCCAUUUGGAAGUCCAUUUGAGGAAUCAUUGAACUAUGAGGUUAGCCUCUGCGUGGCCGGAGGCAUUGGAGUAACUCCAUUUGCUUCAAUACUCAACACGCUGCUGGAUGACUGGAAACCAUACAAGCUUAGAAGACUGUAUUUUAUUUGGGUGUGCAGAGACAUUCAAUCCUUCCGUUGGUUUGCAGACUUACUCUGUGUGUUGCAUAACAAGUUUUGGCAAGAGAACAGACCUGACUAUGUCAACAUCCAGCUGUACCUCAGUCAAACAGAUGGGAUACAGAAGAUAAUUGGAGAAAAAUAUCAAGCACUGAAUUCAAGACUUUUUAUUGGACGUCCUCGGUGGAAACUUCUGUUUGAUGAAAUAGCAAAAUGUAACAGAGGUAAAUCAAUCAGUGACUUGAGGAUAUUCAUCUCCAGAUCUCCAGAGCUUCUUUUUGUGAAUCUCUCUCCCCUUCCAUGUCUCCUCCACAAAUUCUUGUUACUUGGGCCUCCACGAAUUCCAUUGUCUCCUCAACUCAGAGACAUCACGAAUCUCCACGAAAACAGUUGGUGUUUUUUGCUGUGGACCCAGUUCAAUUUCUAAGACUCUUCAUAAACUGAGUAACCGAAGCAACUCAUAUGGGACAAGAUUUGAAUAUAAUAAAGAAUCUUUCAGCUGAAAACCUUUGAGAUGAACCAGGACUCCAAAGAAGGAAUGAGUGCAAUUGCUAAGACUUUGAAAUUCAGCUGAAUCAAACAGCUGUGUCACGCCAAAGGGUAGCAAGGUUUUCUUAUUUAUGAUUAUUUAAAAUGGAAAUGCAGAGAAUGUGGCAAGAUGACAGGUCACAUUACACAUUUAAUCUGGAAACCAAAGAGGCCCUGAAGAAUAUUUGAUGUGAUGAUUCACUUCUCAGUGCUAGAAUUAAAAGAAAACGAUUAGAUUCACACUCUUGAUUUUUAUGGCUGAUUCAAGAACUCCCCAGUGAGGAGCUGCCCUUGCUCACUGUGAGGCUGAUAGCCUGGGUCCUCUAUAAAUUGUUUUUGGUUGAACAAAUGCAAGAUUGAACAAAAUUAAAAAUUCAUUGAAACUCAGAUUACAUUUUCUACAUGAGUAUAAACAGAGUAACUUUGAUUUAGAAAAGCUCUAGGCAAAUAUGUUAGAUGUUUGAAGAUAUAGCACAACACUCUGAUUUGAUACGGGUACUUAGUGUCAAUAUCUAAUCUUCCUCACUACUGAUGCUAAUACCUCUACUUGAUACCUGUAGACUUUGUACUAAGUGAACCUUGUACAGAUUUUGAUAUAGUAUCUAUUUUUAUAUAUUUCUUUCUUUUUUUCCCUUCUGUCUUGGGAAAUCUUCCCUUUUUUGGCAUGCACUAGGCACAGUGAUUUAAUCAGUCAUUUUCACCUUCAGCUUAUUUAAUCUAUUGCUGUUGCAUAGUAAGGAAGAAACUAUCAUUACUAUAAAUUAUAAAGGGAUAUAUAGACUAAUAACUUUUUCCCCUUUUCAGCAUUGUGAUCUCUAUUAUUUUGAUUUACUUUUUUCCCCAGCAUAAUUUAUCUUACUCUUUAGCCUCUUAAGGGCCUUUGUUUAAUUUGCACUUGGAGACCAAAGGGCACCAUGUCUGUCAGUAGUCACUGAGCAAGUGACUACUUUUGUCACACAUUGGUUUAUGUUGGAGACAUUGUAGUCACAUUCCUAACAGGACAGUGUAGUCACCUCCCUCACAGGAAACCUGUAUUUUACCUUCUAUACAAGAUAAAUACUUCCUUAGUUAUUCAAAUGUAAGUUCAGAAUCAUUAAUACUAUUGUUGUACCUUCUGAUAUUCUGGGUCUCAGUAGGGAAUUAUUGAGUGUAGUCGCUGUUGGGAUUACGCUGUGUGAUCCUGUCAGUUCACGCUCCCUGGCCAUUAUGUUUGGCUCCAGGAAAAAUCUACUUUACGACCUUAAGAAUUAAGGCUUGUUUGUUUUUUUUUUAAUAGUUUAGUGAUUUUGUUUUAUAGACGUCUAUCAAUUGCUAUCAAAUACAGAACAUUGCUUACAUCAGCAGCAUAACUUGUCUUGCCUUUGUUAAGAUUUUUCAUGAUAUAACUUGAUAGAUGCUACUGUCAUUUUUUUGCUCUGAUUCACCAAUAGCGAUCAAGCAUGUUAAACCAUCUACCAUGGAAUGUUCACAAACGUAUUUCUUAGAGAUAUUUCAUUCCUCUCUUUGGAAUUCUUUAAUCUCCCUCUGUGAAAGGAAGGUGAGUCAGAUAAAGAUAUGGGAAGUGUGCAAUGUUCCUGCAGCUUUAUCUCUGAAGGCAUAUUUAAUAACCAGUACAUCUUGGAAACACUAUCUGAAUUAAAAAGAAUUUUUGUGAGAACAUAUAACGGAAAGAACUAGUAAAAGGAAACUUAGUUUAGUACAGGUUUGAUGUGCAAUACUGACUCUUUAUUGGUCAUAAUUUAUUUAAGUGAUUAUAUUAAUACACUUAAUUUCAGUAAAACAGGUGGAAGACUUUUCAACAGAAGAGUGAUCUUUCCAAGUAAGUAGGUCUGCUAUUCUAGAUAGCAGAUGCUAUUCUGUGUAUUUUAAAUUCCAGUUGAUGUUCAAACAUUAGGUGUUAACAUAGGUAAUUUUUGUUUCUGUAGGUAGGAAUGAAACUAGGGUUUCAGAAGGCAUGUAUAAGAGAGCUUUGUUUUGUUUGAGGGAUUCUUUCUAGCUAAUUCUUGUCACACAGCUCUUAAAACAGUAAUUUUAGUGGCAGUGAAUGUUAAAAUUGAAAUGCUAUCCUUGAAAUCUCUAUUAGCUUACUUUACCUUGCAACAAAUAGAGCAGACAGAGUUUCUUCUCCGGAUGAUACAAGUUUCAGAAUCAUCAUCUAUGUUAGUGCACAGGAGAAUGAGCAGCCUUCUGGGGGGCUAUCAGUGUCACUGGCUAAUGGCCUGACUAUGGCUAAUUGCUCCUCACUCUGGGAUUUAGAUUUCUCAUUUGGACUAGAUCAGUAGUUAAUUAAUCUUUUGUAGGUAAUGUAUUUUUUGUGCGGACCUGAUUAAAAGAGAAUAUUAUGACACAUGUGCAUAAUAUUACAGACAAACUUUGGGGUUCAUAAACAAUCUCCAAAAGCAAGGAACGCUGUUUAAGAACUGCUGAACCAAAUGAUCAUCAUCAUAGUUUUUAUUUUUAAUUAUACCUUUCUUUUCUUGGAUUAUGUGGAAGAAAUAAUU